UGUUCGGCGAAUCAAUAGGUUGCGCCUGUUGCCAGCGUGUUGCCGAGGAGAGUGAAAUUCGGUUUGGUUUCAUCUGACUUCGGCGCAGUCUCUCUUACUUUUUAUGAAAAAUGGCGAGAGAAAACACAAUGAAACUGUCAAAGAACCUGCUGAGAAUGAAGUUUAUGCAGAGGAGUUUGGAUACAGAGACGAAGCAGCAAUUGGAAGAGGAGGAGAAAAAGAUAAUUAGUGACGAGCACUGGUAUUUGGACUUGCCAGAACUGAAAGAAAAAGAAAAUCAUAUUAUUGAAGAAAAAAGUUUUGUGCCAUGUGAAGAGCUGCUGUUUGGCCGAAUGUCCUUUAAAGGUUUUAACCCUGAGAUUGAGAAACUGGUGGCACAGAUGUAUUCCAAGAAUGAAAAUGAAGAGCCUGAAGAUCGAAGCAAGAUGGACGUAGAUGUUUCAGAUGAAGAAAUGGCUAGGAGGUAUGAAAGCUUAGUGGGAUCUAUAAAAAGGAAAUUUACCAAAAAACGAGAUCGAUCUGCUGUUCAAAAUGAAGAAACAGAAGGCAACACUAGAGGUGGUAAAGUCAAGAAGACAUUCAUUAAACCUCAAGAAUAAAUUGCAAAAGUAUAAUUUUGAAUGUUUUCAUAAACAAUGGGAUGAACUUCCUGUCUGAAACUCUGCAGCAGCUGGCUGCUUGUUGUUAAUUAAGGAAAUAUAUGGAUUGUCUGUAUCCUAAGUUUGGAGCUGGAAAGUUUUGCAGCUUGUUGCAUAGAGUAUUUUGCGAAGAGAAACGAUUUUGCUGUUUCGUUGUAUUUAAAGGUUGUUCUCUUUGCAAUCCAGCAGUAUAUUACACCACCUGCUCAAGUGAUCAGUUCAAUUAUGUUUAAUAUUGACUUUAAGGGAAAGCUAUCUUGAGACAGAACAAUAUCAAACUCCAUAUUAAUAUAUAUGGUUUUACAGUUUUCUCUUCCUGUGGGAUUUUCUACUGAUGUUAACUUAAAAUGGUGCCACGGUAGUGUAGUCGUUAGCAUACGGUAUUAUAAAUCAGGGCAUUUUAGAGUUCAAUUCUGGCACCAUUCUGGAAGGAGUCUCUAUACAUCCUCCCCAUGGACUGUGUGGGUUUUCUCUGGGUCCUGUGGUUUCCUCUCACAGUGCAAAGACCUACUGGGUAGGUUAAUUGAUCAUUGUCCCGAAAUUAGGUUAGGCUUAAUCAGAGUUGUGUGGUUGCUGAGGUGGUGUGCCUCGAAGGGCCGAAGGACCUGCUCUGCACUGUAUCGCCAAAUAAACAGAAUGAAAUACUAAAAGUAUAAAUAUUCUGUGAUAGAGAUGUUCAGGUUUUUUAUUCUGUAAGAUGUAUUUAUAAUAUGAAUUAGGAAGCCAAAAUCAAUUAUGUAAGGAUUUGAAGUCGUUGAUAUCUAAGCUAGAUUCCAUAACAAUCCAGACAUUAACUUUGUACAUGAUAUCAUCUAGUCUGUCAUUCUCUACAAAAGGGUGGUAGUGUGAUUUCUCAAUUUUAGCUCUGAACUACUGAAAUCAUUUAGUCAUGAUAAAUUGGAAAGUCACUUGAGAUGUAAAACAGAAUCAUUACAUCAUUUAACAUGCAAUGUAUCAUACAACAUAUUUGAGCAUCAUGUGGAAUUACAACUUGUUCUGAAAAAUUAAAGUACAUUUUAAAAUCAGAAUUUUGAAUGCCUUUAUAUACAAAAAGUGAUAGAUAUUAGUUUAAAAAUAUUACUGUUUAUUAAACUUGUAUAUCUUGAAUUAAAAGAUGUAUUUUUGAUGAGUAAAUUGAAAUGUCCAUAUUUGAAUGCACAUCCAUGGAAGUCCCAGAUUCUCUGUUUGAAGCAGCAGGAGUUUACCAGCAAAAUCUGGACCUUUGGGAUUCAAUCAUGCAGUGAGUACAUAAAGGUAACAUUCAACUAAGUACUGAUAUCAUGCUGAGAGUAUAUAGGUUUAGGGGAGAAGAAAUUUCAACAAGGGUAAUAUCAGUUUUGUUUUGUGAGUAUUUAUUAACCAUAAUUUCUUUUAUUUCACUAUGUAGCAACAUAGCUAUGAGAAGAAAAAUCAGGAAAGGACAGAGUAAAUUGACUGGCUUUUGUUUUAACAGCUUCUUUUUCACUGCUGAGGUGAGGUGAGAGCAGCUUAACUGAAGAUUGUUAGUUCAAAAUGGAAUGCUUUGUAUAUCUGAAUAAAUUUAAUGGGAUCAAAAUGGAUGACUUGACAAAUUGCAAUAACUUCAAAUAUCCAGGAAGUUUGGCUACUUUUGCUUCAUGCUCCAACCACAUUUAUUGUUUACAAGAUUUUUUAUUUUAUAUCACCAUAUUUGGUUGAAGUCAAAUCCAGAUUGUUGGAAUAAAAAAUUCUAUGCUGGAAUUAAGGCUCUCGUAUAUGAUGCCUUUGGAUAGUCUAUGUAUUUGCCACUGCAUAGGUCUGCAUUAGUCAAUCUAUGCAGAGAGCCUGAUAGUUAUUUUGUAUUGGAAACUAAAACUGUUAUGUUGUACAAUAAGGAACAACCUUUCAUAGAUUAGAGUCCAGACAUGUUGAAAUGUGGAAGCAGAGUUUUCUUCUCCCAUCAUUGCAAUAGGUAAGAAUUCAUGAAACUAACAUAUCCUUGAAAAUUCUCCAGCAAUAGGCCUCACUCACCAUGAUCACAAAUAUCUUAAAACAAGCACGUCCAUUUUAUGUAGGAUCCAUGCUAAACAACACGCAGAAUUUCGUCUGGAAUCUACGUACAUCAAUUUUUCCUCACGCUUUCCUCUCUGGAAUCUAUCCUAUUACAAUACAUGGUACUCUGAAAAUAAUAUUCCUUUUCAUUCAUUAUGUGCCAGUUGUUGGUGUAGAUUACUUUGGUCAGCAUAGA